AUGGUGCCACUUCAUUUUCUCCAACUAUUCUUGUCUCGGAACAACAGCCAAAUAACUUCUCCAAUAAUUUUCCUACCAAUCGGGGAGGUUUCCAUAAUCGAGGAGCUCGUAAUGGGGGGCGAAACGGAGGACGUGGCGGUAGAGGCAGAGGUCGUGGGGGCGGACGAUGGUCUCAUCAGCAACCGGCGGGAACAUCUUCAACUGUUUAAACACCCCCUGGUUGGGGUUUCGGGUGGUUUCCGUUUAAUUCCGUUGGCCGGGGCUUACUUUCAUCUCCUGUUCCACAAUCAUUCCAGUCAGCCCCACAACAACAGUGGGCUGUGUCGCCUCAAUUCCGCCCUCAAGUUCAACAAAGUUCAUUGGUCCAACCAGAUCAUCAAGCAUACUUUGUUCAUCAUACUGGCAACACUCCUGCUCCAUGGGCCCAUAACUUCUGCUCCGAUCACCUCUCUUGACCCUACUCCACCGAGUUCGCCUCCUCCAGUGAUUAACGAACCCUUAUCGUCUGCUGAUUCUUCUUCGUUCAAUAGCCCCUACUUUACCACUGUAUCAUCUCCGUUGUCACCCAAUAAUUUUACUUCCUCCGCCACUUCCACUCAUCCUAUGGUUACCCGUGCUCGUGCCGGUAUCAUAGAUCUGUACGUGGUGUUCGCUGUCUUCACCGCUCUGAUUCAGGUGGGUUAUAUGGCCAUUGUUGGCUCCUUUCCAUUCAACUCCUUUCUCUCAGGUGUACUCUCUUGUGUAGGAACAGCUGUUCUUGCAGUUUGUCUUCGUAUCCAAGUAAACAAAGAAAACAAGGAAUUUAAGGAUUUGCCUCCUGAGCGUGCUUUUGCGGAUUUUGUUUUGUGCAAUUUGGUGCUGCAUUUGGUGAUCAUGAACUUUCUUGGAUAAAAUUAGGUCUCGAGUUUAUUGCAUCAAAAGAUUAUAUAAACUAAAUUUUCGAUAUUGAGGAUUAGCUGAAUAUCUCUAGGCUCUUUGCUACAUUAUGCUUGAUAUGUAUAACAUUCAAACCUUUUUUAUUUGCCAAAGGAAAACUUUUAUCCCUUAAUGCUAAUUUACAAGAGUUUCAAAGUGUUUA